AGAGCCAGUAAUUGGCAUUACUCAGAGGGGACAUGUACACUGAUCAUCAGGGCACUGAUGAUCAGUCCCCAUCAGUGCCACCUGUCAGUGUCCAUCAAUGCCACCUGUCAGUGCUCAUCAAUGCCACCUGCCAACGCCCAUCAGUGCCACAUCAAUUCUACAUAUCAGUGCCUACCAGUGCACAUCAAUGCCACAUAUCAGUGCCCAUAUGAGCUGCCUUUCAGUGCCACCUAUCAAUGCCAGUCAGUGCCGCCUAUCAGUGUGCAUCAGUGCCGCAUAUCAGUGCCAUCUAACAGUGCCAGCCAGUGCCGCCUAUCAGUGCCGCCUAUCAGUGCCAUAUAUGAGUGCUUCCUUCAGUGCCCAUCAGUGAUGCCUGUC